UUCUCAAUUUUGCUCCCAGGAUGGGAUACAGAUUUUGGGGAAUUUCCCCAGAUAUCAACAUGUUGUGUAUCAACAGAGUUCACUUAGGAAUAGAGAACACAAAACAGAACGACUUGAGUAGGUUUAAUUAUAAACCUGUUCAAUUUUAAAACAAGCACAUUUUCUUUCUUUCCUUCUAUAAUACAUAGGUAAAGAUAGAUCUUUAUGGACGAGACAAGGAAAUAUUGCAUCUAUGUCAGAUACAUGCCUCCCAAGACGUGCCUCAGCCAUUAUGUUCAGCCUUCUAAGAUACAUUUGUCUGUUGUGCUUGAAUAUUUUCACUGAUACUUCCAUGAUAAAAAGUGUAGACCCCCACCGUCUCCCUUAGGACUGUGCCAUCGGUGCCCCUCUAAACUCAACUAACUACAAGACCACCACGCCGAAACCAACAAUAUGACGCAAGGCUUCAUUCCCGCUGUCGUUUGAGACAAGGGAAGAUACACAAAAACAAACAAGGCCCGAGCAAAAACAAAUGUAUUGUCACACAUUUCCUGUCCGUCUCUGUUCAACUCUACCUAGUGUGUCCCUAUAUUUAGCCCAGCCCAGGGAAGCCCUGAGCGCGGGCAGGAAAACUAAGUUGGGAAAGAAUUGGAGGAAGUCUACUUUGCCUUUGGGACAAACAAGAACUACACACUGGAUUCUACUAGUUGUAACCGUUACUCACUGGCUUCUACUGCUAGUUUUAACGGCUACACAACAGAUUCUAGCUCUAGUUUUGCGCUAUUUAUGAAUCCCGAGGAGACAAGGUUCCAAUUUUUUUGGGGGGACUAAGGUAAAAAGAUUUAUAAUUUAAACGAAAGCACAGAGGAAGAGAAGAGAAAAAAACAGCCGUACUCCACAACAGAGCUAGAAAUUGACUGUUUUUAGAAAACAAAAGGCAAGACAAAGAAGAAGUAGAGCGGAGGAUCUUCCUGUGGACUCAGUGGACCUCAGGCUGAGGUGGACUCCAUUGUUGAUGUGGGCCUGGGGACAUCUGUCCCUUCAAAUCGUCCUGACUUAGGGUGCAUCCUAAACGUUUGGAUCCAUAGCAGUCCACCUCUGACCUCCAGCUGUGGAGGUGUGCCAUGUAUCUCCUUGCCCCCGGGGCUGCCUGACAUCACCACCCACACCCCCCACCAUCACCACCCACCGCCCCACCAUCCUGCCCGGCCUCAGACCCCCAUCAUGGGCUCCACCACACUGGGGAAAGCUGCUCCGUUUAACCUCCUCCUGGAGGAAUGCAUUCAGGCCUUUGAUGAAAACGGGGAGCUGAAGAGCAGCCACCUCCCCCGGACUCUGCUGCUGAUGCACCGCUGGUACCUCACCUCCACCGAGCUGGCAGGCAAACUGAUCAUGAUGUACCGUGACUGCCAUGGAGAAGGCUGUGGGCACACCAGACUCAAGGUCUGCUAUUUCAUGAGAUACUGGAUUGUGACGUUUCCGGCAGAGUUCAAUCUGGACCUGGGUCUGAUACGGAUGACCGAGGAGCUCAGAGACCUAGCAGCUGAGCUGGGCUUUAAGGAGCACUACAAACUCAUCGACAUCUCCACCAUUCCGUCGUAUGACUGGAUGCGUAAGCUGACCCAGAGGAAGAAGCAGGUGAAGAAGGGCAAGGCGUCUCUGCUGUUCGACCACCUGGAGCCCAUGGAGCUGGCCGAACACCUCACCUUCCUCGAGUUCAAGUCCAUCAGGAGGAUAUCCUUCACAGACUACCAGAGCUACGUCACCCAUGGGUGCCUGAGGGACAACCCCACCCUGGAACGCUCCAUCGCCCUGUUCAACGGUGUCUCCCAGUGGGUGCAGCUCAUGGUGCUUAGUAAGCUAACACCACAGCACCGUGCUGAGGUCAUCACCAAGUACAUCAACGUAGCUCAGAGACUACUCCAGCUGCAGAACUUCAACACCCUGAUGGCGCUGGUGGGAGGCCUCAGCCACAGCUCCAUAUCCAGGCUGAAGGAGACGCACUCCCACCUGGCCCCUGAGGUCACCAAGGUGUGGGGUGAGAUGACGGAGCUGGUCUCCUCCAACGGCAACUACUGCGGCUACCGCAAGGCCUUUGGCGAGUCGCGCGGCUUCAAGAUCCCCAUCCUGGGUGUGCACCUGAAGGACCUGAUCGCCGUGCACGUGGUGUUCCCCGACUGGGUGGAGGACGGCGCCAAGGUCAACCUGGUGAAGAUGCAGCAGCUGUACGGCACCUUCAACGAGCUGGUGUCCCUACAGGGGGCGGCGGCUCAGGUGGAGCCCAACAUGGACCUCAUCUACCUGCUGACGCUGUCCCUGGACCUUUAUUACACCGAAGAUGAGAUUUACGAGCUCUCGUUGCUACGGGAACCACGGAACUCCAAGUCAUUGUCAAACUCUCCGACCACUCCCAACAAGAGCCUCGCCCCCCUCGACUGGGCAUCUGGGGUCACCACCAAGCCAGACCCCUGCGUUGUCAACAAACACAUCCGGAAGGUGGUGGAUUCUGUUUUCAGGAACUACGACCACGACCGAGACGGCUACAUCUCCCAGGAGGACUUCGAAAGUAUCGCCGCUAACUUCCCCUUCCUGGACUCCUUCUACGUUCUCGACAAAGACCAGGACGGACUGAUCAGUAAGGAUGAGAUGAUGGCAUAUUUCCUGAGGGCCAACCCGCUGCUCCAGUGCAAGAUGGGCCCCGGGUUCAUCCACAACUUCCAGGAGAUGACCUACCUGAAGCCCACCUUCUGCGAACACUGUGCUGGAUUUCUCUGGGGAAUCAUCAAACAGGGCUACAAGUGCAAAGACUGUGGGGUGAACUGCCAUAAACAGUGUCGGGAGCUGCUAGUCCUGGCCUGCAGGAAGCUGCUCCGCUCCUCGUCACUGGGCAACGUUUCCCCCAGUGAGCUGACCCACUGCUCCAUGCCCAGCAGCCCAACACUGGCUACCUGCAAAGACGAAGACGAGGUCUUUGAGUUCCCAGUCGUGGCUCCCCUGGCUCCAGACCCCCAGUCCAUCACGCUGAUGAGCGGGUCGGCCCAGCGCAUCUCGGUCCGCCUGCAGAGAGCCACCAUCAGCCAAGCCACCCAGAUGGACCCCCUGUGGGCGGAGCGCGGCUGGGGGCCCGCAGCCGACAGCGGCUCCCACACCUUCCCCAAGAUGAGGUACAGGCCCCACCGCAAGACGUCCAAGAACAAAGGCUUCGCCCGCUGGGAGAACCACGACGGUGGGUCCCGCCAGGGCUCUCCUGCCCAGAGUGUGGGUCUGGACCCCCAGCAGGGACCUGGAGGACCCCGGGGGUCGAGGAGGGACGCUGUUCAGAACGGGAUCAGCACAAACAGAGGAAAGGACAGUUGACUUGGUCACCGGUCCAGCUGUGGAAGGGUUUCUGGUUCCAGUACAGGGAAGUUAUCGUCCCUGGGGGAGGUGCUUAGGUGCCUGCGGGCCCCCUUCCGCCACCCCCUGUAGCCGGCCCUGUCCCCUGGACCACAGGAUACAGAGACAUGUGGGGAGCCAUGUUCAUAUGACCCCUGAAGAAGAUACAGACUCAGCAACACUGGUGAAGUUCUCUCUCUCUCUCUCUCUCUCUCUCUCUCUCUCUCUCUCUCUCUCUCUCUCUGUCUCCCUCUUUCUCUCUCUCUGUCUUUGUCUACAGCGAUAGCCACCCUGUUGUGUACUGACAAGGGAUCAGUUGAUGAGCAACAGGACAACUUGUCUCUGUUUGUUUGUUUUCUAUCCAAAGGACACUUCACCUUUUCAGAACCUGAUCACAAGUACGCUUGAAGCCAGUAUGAGAAGGUUAUGAACUAUGAGAGCUAGUAAACAUGUGUGGCAUCUAAACCUGGCGCCUUAUGUUUUGUAUACAAACUCUCUCUGGAACAAAGAACAGCUUAAGGGUUUGUUUAAGGCGUAAUUGGUUUCCAGGCAUUGGCUUCGUUUGACUGGCUCAAUAAGACGGUUGUUUUGAAAAGUCUGGACAGUGAAGAGAAGGAGAGGAUGUUUGAGUUAUUGUUUUUUGCCGCUCCUAGGGCCAAGAGACCACAUGAAAAGUGACCAGGAAUCAAAGGUUGGUGCAUUUGUUCAUGUGCGGUCAUGGAAAUACUGUCUGUCUCUCUAAAGAAAUGGCUACUACUGACUAUCCCGAAAGUGCCAGUUUGUGACGUAUCUGUCUCUUCAGUAUGGAGGUACCUACAAGUUGUACAGAGCGAGGUUGUGCUAUAACUCAUACAGAAGCACGUUUGUGUUCUUCUGGUCAAAUAGGAAGUGGUGGGUAGGGUCUUUCGGUUUGAAAGUUCACAGUGGAAGGGAAGUCGAGAUGGUUGAAAGAGGAGACGGCCAGAUGUUUUUACUACAUCAGCUCCAGGUUUGAUAUUACCGUACAUGGAAGGUGGUCAGCAAAGACAAGAUAGGUUAGAUAUUGGUUGGGGUGAACUGCAGAGAGGAAGUUGACCGUGAAGCACAACAUGAUAGUUACAAGACUGUUUAACUCUUUGUUAACAGUGUGGGGAAAGUUAAGACCAGAGAAGAAAGUAGACAUCUUAAAUUAGUUGGGGUUUGCACAUUGCCCCAACAAAAAACCCACACCCAACUAUUGAAUGUUGGCCGAGAUUGGCCACUGCCCAUUUGACAAUGUAAAUGAAAAUUACAUUAAACAUGUAAAUGACAACAGCCAACCGCCACCAAUGGGUUUGGCACAGUGUUGGCGUUUGUUGAUGCUUAUUGGGGAAGGGUGCAAGCCCCUUUAGGUUAGGCUACUUGCCUUAGCAACUGAACUGGAAAUCAUGCAGGAAACACAUCGAGCAAAGUUUAAAUGAACUUCUAAAGGUCUUUCUGGGGAAUGGCAUUUUAAAGGAACAAUAAGUGGUUCCCACAGAAUGUUGUUGGAAAUACACGUUAUUUAUUUUUAUGAUUGUUAUCUUUCAAAGGGACCUGGCUUGUUCUACAACUCUCCAGUAGGUGUACCUAGUUAAAAUGUAUUAACAAAAUAUACAUUUGUUGUUUUCUGUAGAAAAUCUCUUCGUCUGAAACACUGCUUAGUGCUGCUUUAUUGUCCUCAUGAUUGGUAUAAAGGGCUUGUUUUAUAAUUUAAUAUUUAUGUGGUUUGAAUGGACAGAAAAUGGUGUUUGUAUGUGAUUUGUAUUAAAGUAUUGCCUGAUUUUUUCAGACUUUUUUUUUUAACUUGUCAAGUUUAAGGUAUCUUUUAACUUUGACAUGGAUAUACUAACAUACACAGACAUAUCAAUGUAUGUAUACAUAUCUGUAUACUUAUACUUUUGUAUGCACAUUCCAACCCACAGAUACAAUUUCCAGAAAAUCAAGUGAUUUUCAAUUCAUCACCACUAUAACAUCAUAAGAUCUGCUCAGUAUGUUCACCUUGAAUUAUUUAUGGGAACUGAUUGUAUUUUUUGCCAUUUGCCAACUGCCAUUAGGAAAACAGACAACACAAGAUCUAUUCACAAAUUACAACCCCCCCCCUAAAACAGAUAAGCAGUGGGAUGCAUUCCACCAAGCUAUAACUUUUUGUGCAUUUAUUUUAUAAGGGACAAGACUUUCCUCUGAGAUUAAUAAGAUGUCACAAAGAAUGGAUUUUGGAUUUUCUUUGUUAAAAUUACAUCUGUUCUUUGUUGUUGCUGUGAAUGAUUUCGAAAAACAGCAACAAUUGGAUGCAUCGAUGUGUUGUAUAUUUCAAAUUUUAGUUUAAAUAUCUUCAGAAUUUUUUUCAAUUGUUUAGUCGUGUUUAUACAUCAUCAAACAGGCUCUUUACCUAAACCUGCUGUCAUACUGAUUUUGAUUCCUUUAUUCUGGAAAGUUUGGGCUGUGUUGUGUUAUGAUAAUGCUCGAACCCAAUGGAGGAAAAACACUGAAGAAAACAACAGUUUAAUCUAUAACAUAGAUGCAACGCAGAUAUUAAUCCCAAUGAAUUUCGCUACAGAAUGCAUGUAUAAUCUAAACAAAACAUUUCACUGUGUUUAAAUGUUUGUAAAAUUUACAAAAGAAAGUACUGAUCUGGAGCCAUUGCAGAUUCUGUUGACAGUAUUCACUAAAUGGUAUUCAUCUGAUCAUCUUCUUGUUUCCUUACCUUUUAACUGAAAACAUUGAUGUGCCCACAUCGGAAAAGCUUCUUAGCGCUUGCAGCCAGAGAUAAGCUUGCUAAAGAUUCAAUUGCAUCACGCAAAAAAAGACAGAGCCAAUCCAAUGGUACACCACUCAGAAAACAAACAACUGCAAUAGUAUUGAGUACUAUUGCACUACCGCCGAAUCAGACCCGAACAAUGUGUUCAUAUUCAAUUGACCCAUGUCAAAGGCCUUUUUUUUUUUUUUUUUACAGAAAUAUAGCCUGUAGUGAAGUUUUAUUUAAAGUAUGCAGGAUAUAUAUUUUUUUAUGGUCCAUACAUUUUGAACUUUGAAAUUACAGUAGGCUUUUCCUCUUCAUCUGUUGAGCCAUAAACACAUCAUGAUCCUGUUUUAAGUCGUUUAUAUAUUCUUUAUUUUUUGCUUUAUGUGAAUAUUUCUUUCAAUGGCCUCAAUGAAGCCAUUUAAGUAUCCUAUCACUCAAUUUCUAGGAAUUACUUUCUAAAGAUGUGGCAUCUCUAUGCUGUUUCAAUUUCAAUUAAAGAUAUUUAUUGAACCUGC